CACGCCUACAAAUUAAAAGUUAGUCACCAGCCCGAUAACGAACAGUUCAAAAACUUUCUGCUCAGUAAAUCUUCUCAGUAACUGGGCGGCCAUCUACAAGUCUGGACUUAGCAAAUUGACGAGUGUGUCUAUCACACGCCUACAGCUGCAGGGAGGUUGAAGUGUUAACCUGUUGGGUGGAUCGACAUUCCAUUCAGCAGAGGAAAGACCAGUCGAUCUUGUUUUAAUUUGACUAAUGAAACACAGUGAAGAAGUGCAUAAAACAAGCUGGUGGACAAGCAGAGAAAGAACAAGUGGGCCUACAAUGCAAUCGACCGUGCUAACAGUACUGAAGGAGAUCUCCAGGUUGGCACCUUUCCUGCUGAGUGUCUUCAUUUACUUUGCAUUGGCGUCACAGUCUUCUUGUCCCGUCUGGCUGAGAGCCUUCCUGAAAUGUUUGCCGAUUUUACUCCUCUGUGCCUAUAUUUUGACCCUUCGGAUAGAUCUGCACACACACUCGAAGGCUCCAAAGCUCCUUGCCGGCCUGCUGUUUUCCGCAGUUGGAGACAUCCUCCGCAGCCUCUCAUCGCAGUUCCACCUCCUGCACGGUGACUCCAUGUUUGGACUCUCACACAUCUGCUACAUCUGGAUGUUUGGUUUGAAGCCUUUGAACCUGCUGGCGGGCGUUUUCCUGCUGGUUAUAGGCACCGUCUACUUGCUGUUCCUGAGUAGAUGCCUGUGGGAGCACCAGCCAUUGCAGUGGGCAGCCUACAUCUACAUCGGCUUGAUUGGAACCAUGGUGUGGCGUGCCAGUGCUGGGGCACUGUUCAACCACCAGUGGUCUUGGGUCAAACUGUUUGCCACUGUUGGGGGAAUGCUCCUCGCAGUCUCCGAUUUCACCUACACCGUCAGUGCCUUCUGUUUCCCGGUGUACCACUCCGGAAUGAUCGCGGCCACCUAUUAUUUGGCCCAGAUGCUUAUCACCCUCUCGGCUGUAUACAGCGAGAGUGCAGUUGGCAAGAACAGAAAGUAAAGCAAAUCCACCAUUGUCUUCAAUAGUGAAGUGUCAUUCUGCAGCCGGUAAGGUACUGAGGUCAUGACAUGCUGGAAAGAAAAGCCCGUGCUUAUCAUCACCGAUUCAAAGACACAUGCCUUAUUCUUCCGAAGAUAGACACAAAGUGCUGGAGUAACUCAGCGGGGCAGGCAACAUCUCUGGAGAGAGGUGAAUGGGUGACAUUUCGGGUUGAGACCCUUCUUCAGACCCAAACUUACUCCUGCAUUUCUUGUCCAUCUUAGAAACAUAGAAACAUAGA